UAAUAACUUUACAUAUUAUAUAUUCAGGUAUUUUUUAUGAUGCGCUUUAGACUGGCAAUAGGAAAGUCAAGCCAACGGUUGACCUGAGUUAUUUUUUCAAUUCCUUUUGCUUUAGCUAAACUUAUUAUGUGCAUAAUAUUUUAAAGAGAGCAACGUUUUAAAAGUAAUACGAACCUCAGUUUUAUGUUACGAUUCCUACGUGGCUGACUUAUUUCACGCUUAACUUUUAUAACAUGUUUAAAUUUGUGCAAACUAAAAUAAAUAACGCCUUGUUAAAUAAAAAAUGUGUUAAUAUUAAAUUAAGAUUAAAAAAAAUAAGUGAUCAGCCAUCUAAAGAUAAUAAUGGGGAUUCUGGUCUUAAAAAAUUCGAUGAAAUUCCAGGACCUAAAAGUUAUCCGCUGAUAGGUACUUUGUACAAAUAUCUACCUUUUAUAGGCGAUUAUGAUGCAGAAGCAUUGGAUAAGAAUGCAUGGCUGAACUGGAAACGGUAUGGUACGUUAGUGCGGGAAGAGCCAGGUGUAAAUGUGCUUCACGUGUUUGAGCCAGAUGACAUCGAAGCCGUAUUUCGACAAGAUCACCGCUAUCCCGCCAGGAGGAGUCAUGUUGCAAUGCAGCAUUAUCGUGUCAAUAAACCGCACCUUUACAAUACAGGCGGGCUGCUUUCCACAAAUGGACCAGACUGGUGGCGUCUUAGAAGCACGUUUCAAAAAAAUUUCACUGGACCAGAAAGUGUUAAAAGUCAUGUGAAGACUACGGACUGUGUUGUUAAAGAAUUUGUACACUGGAUAAAAGAAAAGAAACUGUCAGCGCACGAAGAUUUUUUGUUCUAUUUAAAUAGACUAAACUUAGAAAUUAUUGGAGUGGUAGCUUUCAAUGAACGAUUUCAAAGCUUUUCACAAAGCGAACAAAAUUCUAAUUCUCGGAGUAGCAAAACUAUAGCAGCUGCGUUUGGAUCGAAUAGUGGUAUUAUGAAACUCGACAAAGGAUUUCUUUGGAAAUUUUUUAAGACACCACUGUAUAAGAAACUGGUAGAAUCCCAAGAUUAUUUAGGGAAAAUAUCGAUUGAAAUAUUACUAAAAAGGAUAAAAUUUUUCGAAGAGAACAAAACCGAUUCGGAUCAAUCGCUUUUAGCGUCUUUUCUUCUGCAACCAAAUGUGGAUAUAAAAGACAUAGUUGGUAUGAUGGUUGACAUUUUAAUGGCAGCUAUAGAUACGACCGCAUAUACGACAAGUUUUGCCUUAUAUCACAUAUCACUAAAUCCGGAUUGUCAAGAAAAAAUGUAUAAGGAAAUUGUAUCGUUUCUUCCGGAAAAAAAUUCAGAUAUAACUCCAGAAAUACUAUCCAAAAUGAAUUACGUUCGGAGUGUUAUAAAAGAGAGCCUGAGACUAAAUCCUGUAGCUAUAGGUGUAGGUCGCUUACUACAAAAAGAUAUUAUAAUAAGAGAUUAUUUGAUUCCAAAAGGAACAGUCGUUGUAACGCAGAACAUGUUAGCGUCUCGUUUACCUCUAUUCGUAAAAGAUCCUCUGGCCUUUAAACCAGAGCGAUGGCUGCGGGCAUCAUCAAAUUAUGAAAACUUACAUCCUUUUCUAAGCUUGCCUUUUGGGUUUGGCCCCAGGUCAUGUAUUGCAAGAAGACUAGCGGAACAAAACAUAUGCAUCACGUUGAUUAGGGUAAUACGUGAAUUUGAAAUAAAGUGGAAUGGAGGAGAGCUCGGUGUACGAACUUAUUUAAUUAAUAAGCCCGAUCAACCUGUAGCAUUAUCAUUUAUCAAAAGAUCUAUGUAAACAGCAAUUUUGGUAUCCUUAUAGUAUUAAAAUAAUAAAACAACUUU